UUGACACUUUCUCGAAUGAACUGAGAAGUUUUAUUCACGAUCGAUGUCGCCUAUCUGCUCGAGGGCGCGCGAGCGAAAUCGAGCUUACCUCGUGCGAUUGGUGAUUGGUGUCUGCGGUCGGUGAUGUGUCUGAUCGUGAGAAAUGAGCCAGUUUUCCGUCGUGACUAUUCGGGGCUCAGAGCAUGAUCAGCGCGGCAGUAGCUGGGGGGAGUUUCUCCGUAGGAAAGCAGGAAUUAGGCAAGCGAAAUUGAGGAGGUAGUUCAUGGAUGUAAAUGUGGAAGCAGGGAUUGCUCUGUUUUCAAGGGAUAGCUUCGUUACGUUGCUGUUUCAAGAUUUGUCUGCAGAGCUUGUCGUAAACAAGAGAAAUUUCGGUUGCACUCCAGGCUUCAGCGUUUAGGCAAUGUGAGCCAUUGUACGUCCGCGUUCUGAAGGUUCACUGCCAGAGUGUUCUCAAGAGGAUGAUGGUUGGAGAAGCUGCCAAGUUCGAGCAAGUUUCGGCAGAGAUCUUGCCAGCCACUUGAGCUGUGGUUUAGAUGGACUCGCCACUCCCUUUUACAAAUGGGAAGGGCUCCUUAUAUUGUUGGUAUUUGAGAACCACUGGAGAGCUCUGUAUGUCAGUUCCUUCUCCACGGAUUAGAUGGCACCAACCUUGCCAAAAGGACACUGGUAACUCUGAUGUUCGGAACUUUAAUGGCUUGAAAUUGCAAAUUGGAGAGAGUUCAUCAGACGUGCCACAACAGCAAUCAAGUGUACGUGCAGUGCUGUGGCUUGAAAUCUUCAAUGGCCAAUCGACUGAAACUUAAGAGCUGUGGCAAUCCUACCUCCAGAGCCCUCAGUAGACACCGCUUUUAAAGACCCAGAAUAUAGCGCUCAGGAGCUGGACAAACCUUGAACUGACGAUCAGGACCAAGAUGCGUGAUACUCUCGCAACUUUCAUCCUCAUCGCUAUACACUCCAAUUUUGGAGAAAAGAGUGCACUUACCUCCAAGGCCAUGUCCAUCGUUGUUUUAUUCAACCGACUAAUCCAUCCGUAGUGAUAGAAAAACCCCUACACUGAAAUCAACAAGUCAAAUGGGUCUGUCCAAGGCUGCCGCAUAAUAUCUUCAUAGAGGUGAAUCCAAGUCUGAGGAUACUCCGGGUAUGUAAGAUGCCAAUUCUUUAGCGGCCAGGGCUUUGUGACAAGACCGUCUGUCCAGUACCUCUGGUAGCUCGACUUCAUCUCCAGCUUCACAGCUUGCUCACCAAAAAGAGGCCACUAUCUGCCCAGAAGUGCAAUAUAGUCUCACCAGAUGCGCUCGCGCUGCAAAACCAAGUGAUGUCCAAACGCUGUCAAUCGAAUCUGAAGACUGUCAAGGAACAAAAUGUCCCCCUUCAGACUUUCACGUAGUCAGCUCCAAAUCAGCUUCUUAGAGACAAUUGUUCAGGUGAGCCUGCUUCAGUUCUUCAUGAGUCCAUAUUCAAGAUCAGUCUGCAAAGGAUGCCAUAAUGCAGAUGUGAAUAGCUUGACUAGAUGCUCGAGAUCAUGGUAAC